AUGGUGGACUAUCAUGACAACGAACACGAUUCAGACUUAGAAGAUAGAACGCCGCACAAAAACAAUGACGCUACGCCUAAAGAUACCCCCUGGCCUAGCGGAGACAAGAACGUGUCAAAUCAGGAAGCUCUGGACACACUUCAAGAUCGACUAAAGCAACUCAAGAAAGAUGCCCAGCAUCAACAAGAGGCAGAGAAGGACCUGCAAAGGGAGAUAAGGCGACGUCAAGAGCUGGAAAACAAACUCCUACAAAUUGAAGCCAAUCUCAAAACCAAAGCUAUUCAAUCUCCUGAGGAAGAUAACCUCCGCAAGGAUCAAGAUCCAUUCACCAAAGAAAUCAUGAAGGCCAAGAUCUCAAAAGACUUUAAACUCCUGGACAUGACUUUGUACGACGGCACCACAGAUCCCGGCCAUCACCUCAGCAAUUUAAGAAGUAGAAUGUAUCUCACCGAUGCUUCAGAUACAGUUCGUUACAAAGCCUUUCCAGCUACUUUAACAAAAAUAGCAAUCAGAUGGUUUGACAAUCUGCCUCUAAGAUCCAUCUCCAGUUUUGAUGAUUUAGCCAAGAAGUUUUCAGCCAAAUUCUCUAUCCAGAAAGACAAAACCAAGCACGCCCCGAGUCUGUUGGGGAUUAAGCAAACGGAUCGGGAAAGUCUCUGCAACUACGUGGAAAGAUUCAACAAGGCAUGUCUAGACAUACAAAAUCUACCCACUGAAGCGGCCAUCAUGGGCCUCAUUAAUGGCCUCCGAGAAGAGCCCUUCAGCCAAUCCAUAUCAAAAAAGUAUCCCACAUCGCUAAAUGAAAUACAAGAACGAGCCGAGAAGUAUAUCAACAUGGAAGAAAACGCCCGACUAGGAGAAGCAUCAAGAUCCGAAUUCCCGUCCUGA